UUGUUUCACAAUUUUGCUCCUCGUCUUCUUCUUCAUCCUCACAAAUCGCGGCGCAUGGUUUUCUCUCUCAUCCAAUUCCCCCUCUUCUUCUGAGCGAUGUUCUUGAGCCCUCUCUUUCUCUCACACAACUCCUAUAUCAGCAUUAUGCUCCACACCACUUUCUUCCGCCACAGGCUUUAAAUGCAUCUUCAUCUUCUUCCCUAAAUUUCACAUUUGUUUUCCAGCAAAAGAGGAAAAAUGAAAAUGAAAAGCUCCACAGAUUUCGACGAUUCUCUAUUGAAUGAUGAGAAAUUAAUCCCCUCCGAUUCUCACUGGAUCGCGAAUUCUUCCCCUAAAUUUCACGGUAUGGUGAACUUCGAGCAGGCGCGAGGAGAGAGAAGCAGCCGAUCAAGGCAGUCCGAUUGCGGAGCGGAGAACUGCGACGACGAGUUCGAGAGCUGCCUCCACCAGCCGCAGGAGAAGAAGCGGCGGCUGACGGCGGAGCAGGUUCAGUUCCUAGAGAAGAGCUUCGCCGUGGAGAACAAGCUCGAACCGGACCGGAAAACAGAGCUGGCCAAAAAAAUCGGUUUGCAGCCGAGGCAAGUCGCGAUCUGGUUCCAGAACCGGCGAGCCCGGUCCAAGACCAAAGUUCUCGAGCGAGAAUACGGUUCAUUGAAAUCAUCCUACGAUAAGCUCAAGUCCGAUUACGAUUCCCUUUCCUCAGAUAAUGAGAAGCUUAGAAACGAGAUUUGUCUGUUAAGCGCGAAGCUGGUGGAGAAGGGAAAUGACGGAAGUACCCCAGUCGACGUUGCACCUUGCAAGCAGGAGGAUGCUUCAAGCAACUCAUCCCAUGUGUUUGAGGCGGAUCAGGCAUCGGCUUUGGAGCAAGAUGGUGAAGAGGAUGAGAGUCUUGUGCAAAGAUUGUGUUUGCCUAAGCUUGAGAGUGAAUACUAUGAUGAUCAUUUGCAGCCUAAUUCUUGCAACCUUGGAUUUCCUGUCCAAAAUCAAGGAACGUGGUUUUGGCAAUGUUGAUUUGGGGUUCAUGAAUGUGUAUUUGUUCAUUGCUCCAGUUUUAUGUGUAUGUGUGUUGAUAAGGGCAAAGAAGAAAUAAUGGAAGGCUUUAAUUUUAUGUUUCUUCUUGAA